AUGGCUUUCAGUGCAAACCAGGGUAUCCGCGAAAGGGCGAUGUAUGGCAUCGAUCCAAGGCUUGCCGACGAUUGCAACUACGAAAAAGAAGUGAAAUUGGCCAUUGAAGGUCAUAUUUCCCAAAUAGCAGAGAACAAGGAGGAGGAGCACAAGGGCAUUUCCAAGGCCUAUGUCAUGCAUCUUGUCGACAUGGAGCUCUACAAGCACUUUGGCUUCAACGUGUGGCGCGAUUACGACGAGGCUUAUCCGGGGCCCAUCCGCCUCGAAAGCACUCGCCUCGGACACGGCAUCAACUAUAUAUUCGGCACUUGCACCGCCUCCAGGCGCUCUCAUUACGCCAUGAGCCGAAACCGCUGCGAACCACGGCCGUAUGCGGGGUCCAACUAUAGCGCCUCGGAUUCUGACGCCACGGCCUCCGACAGCUGGGCCUUGGUAAUGGCUCAUCCGGGAGACCACGUCGGCGGCUCCACGGCUUCUUAUGCCAGGGCCUCCGACAAUAGGGCCAUGGUGGUGGCUCGUCAGAAAGGCCAGGUCAACGGCUCCGCGGCUUCUAACGGCAGGGCCUCCAGCACCAGGGCCAUGGCGGUGGCUCAUCGGGGUGGCCACGUCAACGGCUCUACGGCUUUUCACGCCAGGGCCCCCUACAACAGAGAUAUGAUGUUGCUUGGUCAGGGAGACUACAGCAAUGGCUCUACAGCUUCUUACACUAGUGCCUACAGCACCAGUGCUAACAACACUAGUGCCUACAAUACCAGGGACACGAUCAGCAACGAUGUAAACGAUGCGCUCUAUCGCGCCACCAUUAGCCGCCGCCUGGCAAUGCGCCAGUUGAUUGUCAACGCAGAUGCUACCAUGAAAGCCGGCUACGAGUUCUGGUACGAAAACGAUUUGGUUCCGUAA